UUCUUCUUCCCGCGAAUUCAAAUUUUUUGGUGUAAGUCUAGGAGUCUAGUGUAAUAAUAGCUAUGGCAAAACGCAACACAACUCGCUCGGUAAAGAUUUCAGAGUUGAAUGAAGAGCUUAACAGCUGGAAGAUACAUGCCACAGUAUCGUUUGAGGAAAAAGAAGUCAAGACCAUCAAAUCUGGAGAACAUGGAGAAGGAGGCCUCAGGGUAUUUAGUGUCAUACUACAGGAUAAAUCAGGGUCCAUUAAAGGAAUUGCUUUUAACAAAUUUGCAGAAAGGUUGUCUACUAAAAUAAGGAACAAGAAGAAGUAUUGUGUAAGUGGAGCAGACAUUAGAAAAGCCCAUACUGCAAAUAAUAAAACCAACCAUGAGUUUCAACUGAUCUUCAAAGGAAACGCAGAAUUUAAAGAUGCUGUCACUAAGAGAGUUUAUCAUUUGGAUGAUGACCAUGAAAAUUCUGAUUCAUCAGAUUCAGAAGCCGAAAGAAGAUCAGUCAAUUUAAAACCCAAGAAACUAAAUGUUGUACGAAAGUAUAGAGAUCAAACGGCUUCAACAAAGUUUGAUAUCGUGGGAGUCAUCACAAAAACAAAGGAUGUAGAGACUAAGACUAACUCGAGGAGUAAUAAGCAAUUUUUUAUUAAAGAAAUUUCCAUCCGUGAUCAGAAAGAGGGAGUCAAUUUGUGCUUGACAUCUGAUCUUAAUGAGCAAUUUGAAGAUUUUGACUGGUCAAAAGGAAUAGUUGUUUGUGUGAAAGAAUGCUCCUGGAAGAAAUUACCAGAUACAAGUAUUCUGACAGCUCCAAUUGGAAAUGUGUACAGGGAAACUGAAGUGACUAACAAGUCAGCCAAGUGUCAAAUAGAGAAACUGCAGACAUGGUAUGCAACAAAAAAGAAACCACACAGGAUUUCACCAUCCAGAGGUCCAAGUGUUUCAAAGCAAGAGACAGAAGAGAAACCACUUGAUAAGAGACAAGCAGCCAUGAAAAGACCAUUUAACGAACAGGAAGGUGAUUACUGUCCCCUGUUGAGGGGACCUAUAUCAUGUCCAAGUUCAUCGAAAGAAAAGAAUCCACCUCAAAAAAAGCACAGACCAUCUGAGGAGGAGAAAGAAAAUGCUCCACCAGAUGUGAAUAUAUCACUACCAGAAACCAGAAAAGAACAACCUUUUAAAAAACACCAGUCCAUGAAACGACAGGAAGAAGUAACCUCAACAGAACAUUUGAUGUGGAAGGCAGAGAAUACAUCUAAAUUAUUAAAGACAUCAAAAGUACGUGCCAAUUUGGGACCCAAGACGGCCCGAAUUAAAAUUGGCAGUGGAGAUGAGAAUCAAAUUCAUUAUGGAACUGGAUUCAGAGUUGGGUCUUCCUACCUCUUUACAGCCUUCCAUGUAGUGGAGGAUGUCUUGGAGAAGAUGUGGAAAACCUUAUAUUGCAAUCUUAAUCCACAUGAAAGGGAAAAAGUAGGUUUAAAGGAAAUAACCAAGGGAGACAGUGUGACUAAACAUCUGCCUGAAACAGGACCAUGGUCUGUUUCCGAAAUGCUUAAGCCCUUGGAUAAAUCUAGAAGAGAACGCCUUAAUUACAUUGCAAAGAAGAUGUUUACUGAUGUUGUGUGUCUAUAUUUUGACUAUGUUGAUGAGGAGUCACAGCUGUCACCUAUUAAGGUAGCAUAUGACAUAACAUUUGUUGCACGGAGCCGUGAUCAUGAUUUUGUGAUCAUGGAACUCGCAAAAGACAGUCAUUGUCCAUUUCCAGAAAAGAUGUGGUUACAAAAGUAUUAUAUCCGCAACCAAAGCCAAAAAAUCAUUUUAGUAGGGCAUCCAAACGGGAAUGUUGCAAAGUGUGAUGAGUACAAGAUUAUCGAUGAGGAUGAUUUUAAAGAAUGGAAGUCAAACAACAUAACUCAUUUCAAGGAGCAAGAUUUUAAUGAUGACGUCAUAGACGAGUAUGAGAGCCUUCAGUGCUCAGAAAAGAAAAUAUUUUUCCAUGCUACAUAUAACAUGGGAAAAGGCUGUUCUGGAGGGCCAAUUCUUACUCAUGAUCUGAACCCAAAGGUUAUUGGUUUUUACCAAAGUGGGCUGCCUGUUGCUUUGUAUAAUAAUUACAGAUGCGAAGAUGCUGAGAAAAUCAAGGAAAAUAAGCCAGAUGCAUUCAUUGAAAUGGGAUUAUCAACGGAAGUUAUUGCAGAGGUUUUGAGUACUGAUGAAAAAUUCUCAUACCUAUUGGAAGAUAUUUUUUGAAUUGACAUUUAUCUGAAGAAAAAUUUGAAAGUCUAGAGAACAUGAGCAUAUGGUCAUUUGUUGUGUAUUAUAUGUAUUUCUAUAUAACAAACUUCCAGAUAAAUGUGUUCAGUAAGUAUAGAAUUUGGUGAAGAAAGACAAAUCUAUGUGCAACGAAAGACAUGUACAAUUGCCAUUCAAAGCCCUGUUUGCCCUUCAAUAUUCUAGUACUUGUUUCAUUUCUGUUUAUGGAAGUCUGUUUCACUCUUUCUGUACAAUAUUAUAUUUCUCCCUUUUUUCUGAUUAUCUGUCUUGUAGCAUAAAUGUAGAUCUGUCAUAAUGUGCUUGUUUUUACUUAAUUAAUUUAUUCUGUAUAGGAAUAUUCCAUUGCUGAUAUGUAUCAUACUUUAUUACACUUAUACAUGUAUUCUGACAUUAUCAUGCACAUACUUUAAAAAGUCGAAUGUAUAUGGAUAAGCAUAAAAUUCACUAGUUUUUCCAUUAUCAUUUUCCUUUUAUGAUAUAUAACAAACAAUAUCGGUGCAUUGAUAAAGAAUGUUACAAUGUAAGUAAUUGGAUGAAAUUGGUACCGAUGUAUUUAUGUGUUCAACUUAGUCUUUGAUGAUGUCACAGAAAAUGCUUGUAAAUUAUGACGGUAUGAAAGAUACCAAUAUGCCAAAAUCUGCUUAUAGUUAAUGUUGAAAGAUGGUUAAAACACAUGAAGAUUUCAUUUAAAGUGUGUUUAUAGAUGUGGUUAUGUGGUUACACUUAAAGUGAUAAUAAUUUCUGUAUAACCUUGGAGAGGUUUUUAAAGUUAUUAAAGGUGUAAAAGGUAUAACUUUUACCUGUUUUGUUUCUGGACUUUUCUUAAUUAUUGAAGUUUUGUAUUAAUUGAAUCACUCUGCUGCCAUAAACUUUUGCAUGUUUUGGGGGAAAUAUUUAGAAUGCAUUGCAAUACGAAAAACAUUGAUAGUUGAUUUUUCUAGAUCUAUGUUAUAUUCAUUCUUAUUUUGAGUGUGGUAUGUGGAGUUAUGAUAUAAUUUUUUUUUAUCUCGUUCUAUUUCAUGUUUCCUUAUCUUUUAGCAUAGAAUUAUUUUUUAACAUUGUUUUGCUUUCAAGAACAAGGUUCACUUUUGCCUUAUUUGGCCCUUGAAUUUCUGAAAAACUGAAACAACAUAGUUUUGGUUAACAAUGCAUUGAAUAAUCCCUUAGAUAUUUGGUGAUUGCGUAUCUAUCAAAAAUGACGUAAUUUUCUGGCUAGUCAAUGCAUUAUGACGUCACGAAAUGCGUCAGUUUCCACAUAUUCUGAAAAAGUCUAUAAAAUCGGCCAAAUUUUAAAGCUAUUUUUCGAUAUUUAAUAUAGAGCGCAACCUCUGAUCUAAAAAUGCAACUAGUAAAUGAUAGAACUGUGUCUGAGGUUUAAAAGACAUGUUUUAUUUUUUAGACCAGAGGGUGCGCUUAUUUUAUUUUUCUUCACUAAAAGUACACAAUUAUACCUGUUUACCUAACAAUUCAAGAACAUUGCAA